UUUAACUGAGCUCUUGGCAUGCUGCAAAGAGUUAAGUCAACAGAGGCUGUAGUUGCUAGAGAAGGGCCGGAAAUCUGUUGGUUUUCCUUUCUUAAAAGUGUUUCUCUCUGUGUGUGUGGAUGGGGGGUGGAGAGUGGGAAACCCUCCAGUCUCCUUCCUGCUCCACCUUCUCCAGGAGGGAACCUGCCUUUUGAAUCGCCAGCCUCAGUUUGCACUGCGUUGCUUGGCUGAUCUGCAAAGGAGUCUUGCUCUGGAUUUAUUUCUGCUGCACCUCUGGAAGGGAGGCCCAUCAUCUGUGAGUGCAGCUUGUUUGAAGGACAGAAGUAAGGUAGAGACACGAGCCAUUUAUCCGAAAAUCUGAAGUUAUAAAAAGGCGAGGAAGAGUGGUGUGAGGCUUGACUUGCGAUAAGCCUGUCCCGUAGCUCAGGAAAGAAAAUGGCCGACCAGCAAAGGAUUCUGGGAGGCCAGGCUGCUCUGGAUGAAGACAAAAUGGAUGAGGAGGACCUCACGGGCCCUGAACAAGUCGAGGGAUCCGGAAGAUGUGGGAAAGCACCUCAACCCAUCCUUCAUCCCAGGAGCGUCAGGAGAGUUAUGAAGAGGAUAACGAUCCCCCGGGUUAAAGAGGAGGCAGAGGAGGGCCUGCUCCAGAGCCAGGGGUCCGAGUGGCUGGAGUCCCCCGGGGGGAAGCAGGCCCCUUGCUUGCAGCCGACAGAGCCCGCCAUGCCCUGGGGAGACAUCAAGGCCUUCCUGGCCUACUUUGAGGGGGCCGGCGAGGCCAACCAGUGGGCCACCCGGCUGGGAGAAGCAACUGAGGAGGGCUUGGGUGGCCCCAACGCCCGAGAGAGUUACGGGAAGAUGAAGGCGGCCAUCUUGCGCGGGGAGGCCAGCUGCAGGGAGUGGCAGCGCCAGCGCUUCCGUCUCUUCUGCUACGAGGAGGCGGAGGGACCCCGGGAGGUUUGCGGGCAGCUGCGGGAUUUCUGCCACCAGUGGCUGAAGCCGGAGAGGCGCAGCAAGGAGCAGAUCCUGGAGCUGGUGAUCCUGGAGCAGUUCCUGGCCAUCCUGCCCGUGGAGAUGCAGGGCUGGGUGAAGGGAAGCGGCCCGGAGACCUGCGGGCAGGCGGUGGCCCUGGCGGAGGAGUUCCUGCUGAGGCAGCGAGAGGGCGAGCGCCAGGAAGAGGAGGUCUUGGGGCUGUUUGAGGAAGGAGCUGGGGAUUCCCUCGAGGAUGAGCAGAUCCUGUUGGAUUCCAACCAGACACAGUUGGACAGUGAACUUGAGCAAGAGAACGACCCAGCAGAUGAGAGCAUCUGUGGUGACCUCGAGGGAUCCAGUGAAAACGAGGCUUCCGUGGGAAAUCCAAAGCAAACAGAGGUUGAUGGAGCCUUGCUCAGAAGAGAAAAAUGUGUUUCCCAGCACCAUCCAAAACCAGGACAAACUUCCAAGAAAUGGCUCAGGACAAGGAGGAAGCAGGAAUGCAGCCCAGACAAAAGAUCAGGUGCCUCUUUCCUUGGAGUAGACGAUGUCAAGGACACCCCAGCGAGGCCUGCGUUCGAGAAGGUGGAGCCCUGUGAGGAAGAUGGGGGUGAUUUUGGUGACGAUGCAGACUUCUUAAUCGAUGCUGAGGGCAAGCCCCACAAACGCUCAGAGUUUGAGACGCCCAGUCAGAGAGCUGAGUUUAUGAAGCAUCGCGCGGGAGCCCAAGGGGCAAGUGAGAAGAUUUGCUGCUGUUUGAGCUGCGGGAAAAGCUUGCACUCCGCUUUAAGCCCAGCUGAGCACGAGGAAAGUGACGCACAGGAAGAAGAGGCUUGCAGAUGCUCAGACUGCGGGGAAAACCUCGACAGGGGCUUGGCCCUUGUUAAGCGCGCAAUAAUUCACGCAGGAGAGAAGCGUUACGCGUGCUUAACCUGCGGGGAAAAGUUUAGCCUCUAUUCAAGCCUCAUGAAGCACAAGCGCACCCACGCUGGAGAGGAGAUGUAUGCACCCUUUGAGGCCGGGAAGCGAAUCUGCCGGAGCGACAGCCCUCCUUCUGUGACAGAGAAAAUUCUGGCGGCAGAGAAGCCUUACACAUGCCCAACUUGUGGGAAGAGCUUCAGUAAGAGUUCCGGCCUCCGUUUCCACAAGAGAAUCCACACCGGCGAGCGGCCUUAUGCAUGCGGGGAUUGUGGGAAGAGCUUCAGCCAGAGGUCCAACCUUAUCCUGCACCAGAGGACCCACACCGGGGUGAAGCCUUUCCGGUGUUCCGAGUGCGGGAAGAGCUUCCUGCGCAGCUCGGACCUGGUGAGGCACGAAAUCACCCACACGGGAGAGAAGCCGUACACGUGCGCCGAGUGUGGCAGGUCCUUUGGCCACAACUCAACGCUCAUUGCCCACGAGAGGACCCACACGGGCGAGAAGCCGUACAAGUGCUCCAUCUGCGGUAGAAGCUUCCGGCACCACUCGGGCCUUAUCAAACACGAGAGGACCCACACCGGGGAGAGGCCGUACACCUGCCCAGCUUGCGGGAAAGGCUUCAGCCAGAGCUCAGGCCUCACGCUCCACAUGAGGACCCACACGGGAGAGAAGCCUUACCAGUGUUCGGCUUGUGGGAAGAGCUACAGCCAGAGGUCAAAGCUUACCAAGCACGAGAGAACUCACCUGACAGAGAAAAUAUACAACUGCGCGGAUUGUGGGAAAAGCUUUUCCCGCAGCUCGAACCUCAUGAGCCACCAGAGGACCCACGCAGGCGACAAGCCAUACAAAUGUUCGGACUGCGGGAAGGGCUUCACCCGCAGUUCGAACCUGAUCAACCACCAGAGGACCCACACAGGAGAGAGGCCUUACACAUGUCUGGACUGCGGGGAGAGCUUUUCCCGAAGCUCGCAGCUCAUCAGCCACCGCCGGAUCCACACGGGCGAGAAGCCGUACCAGUGCGCCGAGUGCCGGAAGUCGUUCAGCUUGCGCUCCCUCCUGAUCCGCCACCAGAAGAUCCACACGGGCGAGAAGCCGUACCAGUGCGCCGAGUGCGGGAAGAGGUUUAUCGAGAGCUCUGAGCUCAUCACCCACGAGAGGACCCACACGGGCGAGAAGCCCUACAAGUGCGGCGUUUGCGGCAUCAGCUUCUGCCAGAGCUCGAACCUCUUGGCGCACACCCGGACCCACACGGGGGAAAAGCCCUACCGGUGCGCCAGCUGCGGGAAAAGCUUCAGCCGCAGUUCAAACCUCAUUGUGCAUGAGAGGACGCACACGGGCGAGAAGCCCUACGAGUGCUCCUACUGCGGGAAAGGCUUCAGCCAGAACUCCCGCCUUCUCAGCCACAAGAGAAUCCACACCAGGGAGGCCGUGUGAAAAGCGCUCUGCUCUCUCUCGAGAGAAAGCAAAGUCAGGCACGUUUCGGACAAAUGGGGACGUCGAAAACUACGGCUCUGUUAGGCA